GAGAUUGUGGCGAGCCUCGGUGCAGAAGAGCGCGCCGCCCUGGCAACAGAGUUUGGAAGUUCCGUGGGUGCCUUGAAAGAGCUGCUACAGCUGCGUCUCGGGACACCUCGUUUCCGCAUUCGGCUGCUUUGCAAGGGCUGCCUGUUGGAAAAUGACGAGUGUAUGUUUGCGUGGGACUUUCCGAAAGACGUGCAAGUCGUCUUCGUACCUAUGCGAGCUGCGACAGAGGAGGAGCGAGGACAAAUGUUCCACGCCAUCCGCACAUCCUCCUCGAAUCAGGUGGAGGCACUCCUUCAUGCGCCCCUCGAUCCGGACAGCGUGUCCAACCAGCUGGGGCAGACGGCUCUCAUCCAUGCAGCCCCGGCCAGCAGCGCCGCCUGCGUCCGACCUCUGCUGGAAGCCCGGGCUGGCCUCGACAAGACUGACAGGCUUGGCGGCUCGGCGGUGCUCUAUGCGGCCGACCGAGCCCAUGUGGAAGUCCUUCAGCUCCUCUUAGAGGCCCGUGCGGACGCGAACAACGGCGAGACGCACAGGAAGAACCGCCCACCGCUUCUUCAUGCCUCGGGGAGCGGUAAAGCGGAGGUGGUUCAAAUGCUGCUACAAGCCGGUGCCGAUCGAACCAAGGUCAAUCGCCGUGGUCAAUCUGCCCUUUGGUGCGCGGCUGCAGGUGGCCAUCUCAACACACUUCAGCUUCUGCUGGACGCACGGUCUGAAGUAGAUCAGGCCGACGUUGACGGCACCACUCCACUAACAGCUGCCGUCAGUGGCGGCCAUGCGCAAGUUGUGUCGGCGCUGCUGAUCGCUGGCGCCCGGUUCGAGUCGUCAUUACUGGUGACGCCGUGCCACCAGGGAUUCGCGGAGGUGGCCGCUGAACUUCUCGCGGCCCGAUGUGCCACGGACUGCCUUAACGAGAACGGCCAUUCUCCCAUGACUGCGGCUUGCCUCUCCGGGAAGCCAGAGGUCCUCAAGGUGCUGCUUGCAGCUGGGGCCUCCAGGGACGACUUCGACCGCUGGGGUAACUCGCCUUUGUCUACCGCAUGCAAGGCGGGUCACGUCGAGGUCGUUCGAUACUUGCUGGAGUCCAAUGUAGACCCAGACCUCCUCGACCGCUCUGGCGUUGCCCCGUAUCGGAAGAUCUCUAACUUGUGGAGGAAGACCGAGGGACACCUCAUUAUCCAACGCCUACUCCGCGAUGCAGGGGCCAUCACGUCUAAGAGGCAGCGAAGCUGCCUGGCACGCGCCAACACAUCGCCG